AUGGCUUCUCACAAGGAAUUCGAUUGGAAGGAUGGCGACAAUGGACGGUUGGAGCGCAACAUUGACGAAGCGGAGCAAUUCUACACAACGCUCGCAAGAAGGUUUGAAGGAACCGGCAGGAUAUUCUUCGCCAUGACUGCCCAUGUAUCCUUUUCCGUCCCUCGAACAACCCACUCUCUCGCCCCGAUCAAUGCUCUCAAAAAUGCAUGGCUCCAAGUUCGCUAUGAUCACCCAACCAUUGCCUCAUGGGUAGAGUUUGACUCGAAGAGCAGCAAGUGCAAGAAGAUCUACGAGCCUAUCACGGAUAUACAUGACCAGCGUUGCGCAGAGUGGCUUGAUAAAACGUUUCAAAUCAUCUCCAAUGGGCAAACUGGACAGGAAUGGUGCAAUUCUGAUCCCCCCGUGCCCAAGCUACCGACGCUCUUCCUCAUUACACGACCGAGCUCAUCAGAUACCUACACAGCUGACGUUGUGCUUCGGUCGCAGCAUGACGUUGUCGACGGUAUUGGCUCUCUCCAUUUGCUCAAUAAUCUCUUCCACCACGCAUCUCUUUUUCUAGAUCAACCGGACCGGCAGUUGCCCAAUUUCGGCGAUGAAGCGAAGAAUUUGAGCCCUCCGCUACGAGUGGCCGCAUCUAUCCCAGAUACUUUGCAACCCGUCCAACAGACCCGACUUGACGAGAUCUACGAGAAAAACAGUCUGCUUCGUGGAGAUAGCGAGAUUGCGGAGUUACCUUUCCGACGUGGACCGAAGACACCUCAGCGCCAUCAGCGAGUUGAACUUAACAUGAGCUUAAAGGAGUCUGAAGAUAUCCUGAAUGCAAUCAAGUCAAUCGGAGUGAGCGUGACACACGUUUACCACGCUGCUAUCGCUCUCACUCUGAGGAAGCUCCAGGAGCGUACCUCUGGGGAACGAAAGGUUCGCUAUAUCAACUACGCCCUGAUCAACGAACGACCCCUCUGCAGGCAUCCUUACAACACUUCAAAGCAUCCUGCGGCGGUGUAUCACUCUGUCUCUGGACUCAGUCUUGUGAUUGAUUUGGACGUCCCGUCUAGCACAACCGAACAGGGUACGGCCUCUAGCAAUCUUACAAAACAGCAAUUCCUUCACGUGGUCGAAGAUGUGUCCAGGUAUUACACCACGAUCCGUGAUGAUAAAGAGCAUAUCGCAUUAGCCCCAUCCUACUGGUCCAAAGCUACUCCUCCGUAUCCUGUGGGUGACAAUCCCCCGCCAGUUCCGCAACCAAACGAGCAGCCAUCUGUAUCCAUAUCUAGUUUGGGCGUGAUCGAUAAAAUAAUAUCGCCUAAACACGGCGAGUUCGAAUUGGAGAGCCCAUGGGUGACUGGGGAGGAGUUAGGAACUGGUCUUGGUCUUUUUCUGGGUACUUUCCGAGGAUCUAUGUGUCUGAGUGCCGCUUACAAUGAUGCUUGGCAUGAUGAAUCUAAGGUUUCAAAGUUUCUGCAGGAUUGUAAUGAUCUUGUGGUUCAUUAUCUACUCUGA